UAAUUAAUUAAAAAGUUUUGGCUCUGACUUGCCCGUUAUUCAACUUAUAUAAGGCCCCUUCCUCCUCCUCCUCCUCAACUCAACUCAAGGGACGACCAACAUACAUGAAAUUACGAGUCCGAGUAUGAGCAUGAGCAGCAGCAGCAGGAGGUAUAAAGGCGUCCGGCGCCGCAAGUGGGGCAAGUGGGUCUCAGAAAUCAGAGUCCCGGGCUCCUCCCAGCGCCUCUGGUUAGGAUCCUACACUACCCCGGAGGCCGCCGCCGUCGCCCACGACGUCGCUCUCUACUGCCUCCGUCCGGACUCCUCCCCCCGCACCCUCAAUUUCCCCACCAUAACAGCAGCCACCCGACCCCUGCCCCUGCCCCUGCACCUGCCCGCCGGAGCUAUGUCGCCCCACUCUGUGCAGCGGGCCGCCUCCGACGCCGGACUCGCCAUUGACGCCCAAUACUUGGAUUCCAGGGACCCGCUAGUGGAUGAUGGCAAUAAUAAGAGACCAGAGGACGAUGAUGAAGAAGAAGACGACGACGACGACAAUGCUGCUGCUGAUGAAGGCAAUAAAUCAAAGUGUGGGGGAGGAGGGGGGCAAUCGAAGAGGAGCGCCAAUCACAUUCACCAUCAUAGAGGAGGAGGACGAGAAUUCCUCAGCAUUUCUGUGGAAGAUUAUCUCCCACUCUAGUCUGGUCUGGUCUAGUCAGGUCUACACGGCAGAAUGAAUGAAUGACUACACAAUCAAAACGAACACGGACGCGUAGAGAAUAACAAUAACAAUAAUAAGAGCGAGGGGGGGGGGAGGAGGAAUUAAUUGGGUGUCAAUGCAAGGGGGCAGGCCAUGUAUUGUGUAUUGUAUUGUAUUGUCUUUUGUAUUGGUAUUGUAGGCUUGGGUCCGUUCCGUUGGAGGAGGAGGACUCUAUCCUCCAUUCAUCCAUCCAUCCUACAUACCUACCUGUCUCUCUGUUUGCUUUCGUACUACUGCUGCUGCUGCUACCAAGACUACUUACUACUAGUCCAAAGUCCAAAGUCCAACCAAUAAUAAUACCAUCUAUUCCCCACUCCA